UCCCGCGGCGGUGGGCGGGCUCAGGCGUUCCCCGCCCCGCCAACCGCCCGAGCGGAGCCGCCGCGGCCGGAGCCCGAUGCCGGGAGCUGGGCGCUGAGGGCGGCCCCGAGAUGGGGAUUCUCAGCAUCACGGACCAGCCUCCUCUGGUCCAAGCCAUCUUCAACCGCGAUGUAGAGGAGGUGCGGUCGCUGCUGAAUCAGAAGGAGAAUAUCAAUGUACUGGACCAAGAAAGACGAACGCCGCUGCAUGCUGCUGCCUACCUAGGAGAUGUUGCAAUCCUUGAGCUCCUCAUACUGUCAGGUGCUAACGUUAACGCAAAGGACACUGUCUGGCUCACCCCAUUACACCGCGCUGCGGCUUCUCGUAACGAGAAAGCACUUCACCUCCUCCUGAAGCACUCGGCAGACGUCAAUGCCCGCGACAAGUAUUGGCAAACGCCUCUGCAUGUCGCCGCUGCCAACCGGGCCACCAAGUGUGUGGAGGCCAUCAUCCCCCUGCUGAGCACUGUUAACGUCGCAGACCGCACGGGCCGCACGGCGCUGCACCAUGCCGUGCACAGCGGCCACCUCGAGAUGGUGAACCUGCUGUUAAACAAAGGGGCCAGCCUGAGUACUUGCGACAAGAAGGAUCGCCAGCCCAUCCACUGGGCAGCUUUUCUGGGGCAUUUGGAAGUUCUGAAGCUGCUGGUGGCCCGGGGAGCCGACGUGAUGUGUAAGGACAAGAAGGGCUACACCCUGCUGCACACGGCAGCAGCCAGCGGCCAGAUCGAGGUUGUGCGUCACCUGCUGAGGCUGGGCGUGGAGAUCGACGAACCGAACUCCUUCGGUAACACUGCACUUCACAUCGCCUGUUACAUGGGCCAAGAUGCCGUGGCCAACGAACUGGUCAAUUACGGCGCCAACGUCAAUCAGCCUAAUGAGAAGGGCUUCACCCCUCUGCACUUUGCUGCCGUCUCCACCAAUGGGGCCCUGUGCCUGGAGCUCCUCGUGAACAACGGGGCCGACGUCAACUUUCAGAGUAAGGAAGGGAAGAGCCCCUUGCACAUGGCUGCCAUCCACGGGCGGUUCACGCGUUCACAGAUCCUCAUUCAGAAUGGCAGUGAGAUUGACUGUGCUGACAAAUACGGCAAUACCCCCCUCCACGUUGCUGCUAGAUAUGGCCACGAGCUGCUAAUUAGUACUUUGAUGACGAAUGGUGCUGACACUGCAAGGCGUGGGAUCCACGACAUGUUCCCUCUGCACUUAGCUGUUCUCUUUGGAUUUUCAGACUGUUGUCGUAAGCUACUUUCCUCAGGUCAGUUGUACAGUAUCGUCUCCUCGCUGAGCAAUGAGCACGUGCUGUCCGCAGGCUUCGAUAUCAACACACCUGAUAACCUUGGGAGGACUUGCCUCCACGCUGCUGCUUCUGGAGGGAACGUUGAAUGUCUUAAUUUGCUGUUGAGCAGCGGUGCUGACUUGAGGAGGAGAGAUAAAUUUGGAAGGACUCCACUGCACUACGCAGCUGCCAACGGCAGCUACCAGUGUACGGUGACACUGGUCACUGCAGGAGCCACUAUUAACGAGGCUGACUGUAAAGGCUGUACCCCCUUACACUAUGCUGCUGCUUCGGACACGUACAGGAGAGCAGAGACUCAUUCAGGAAACAGCCAUGACACUGACGAGGAGCCGCUGAAGGAGUCCAGGCUGAAGGAGGCGUUCUUUUGUUUAGAGUUCUUGCUGGAUAAUGGUGCUGACCCAUCCCUCCGGGACAAGCAGGGAUAUACUGCUGUCCACUAUGCAGCUGCAUACGGCAACAGGCAGAACCUUGAGCUGCUCCUGGAAAUGUCUUUUAACUGCCUGGAGGAUGUGGAAAGCACCAUUCCAGUCAGCCCUUUGCACUUAGCUGCCUAUAAUGGUCACUGUGAAGCCCUAAAGACACUUGCCGAAACCCUCGUGAACCUCGAUGUGCGGGACCACAAGGGGCGGACGGCGCUGUACCUUGCCACGGAGAGAGGCUCCACGGAGUGCGUGGAGGUGCUCACCAGCCACGGCGCGUCCGCCCUGGUGAAGGAGAGGAAGAGGAAGUGGACCCCUCUCCACGCCGCAGCUGCCAACGGGAACACCGAUUCCCUGCACCUCCUGAUAGACAGCGGGGAGCGGGCAGACAUCACCGAUGUCAUGGACAUCCACGGCCAAACCCCGCUGAUGCUGGCGAUCAUGAACGGCCACGUUGACUGUGUCCACCUGCUGCUGGAGAAGGGCUCCACAGCCGACGCAGCGGACAAGAGGGGAAGGACUGCGCUGCAUCGAGGGGCUGUGACGGGCUGUGAGGACUGCCUGGCUGCUCUGCUGGACCACGAUGCCUUCGUUCUGUGUCGGGAUUUCAAAGGCCGGACCCCGAUCCACUUUGCUUCGGCAUGCGGACACUUAGAAAUCCUGAGGACCCUGCUGCAGGCAGCCCUCUCUACUGACCCUCUGGACUCUGUGGUGGACUAUAGCGGUUACUCACCGAUGCACUGGGCUUCGUACAGCGGGCAUGAAGAUUGUCUUGAAUUGUUACUUGAACACAAUCCAUUUGCGUACCUAGAAGGAAAUCCCUUUACUCCAUUGCACUGUGCAGUAAUUAACAACCAGGACGGCACUGCUGAAAUGCUGGUGGAAGCAUUAGGUGCCAAGAUUGUUAAUAGCAGAGAUGCCAAAGGAAGGACACCCCUUCACGCUGCUGCCUUUGCAGACAACAUCCAUGGUUUACAGCUGCUGCUGCGCCACCAAGCCGAGGUGGACACGACUGACAAGCUGGGGAGGACUCCCCUCAUGAUGGCUUCAGAGAAUGGGCACACUGCAGCAGUUGAGUUCCUGCUGUAUCAAGCAAAAGCAAAUAUAACUGUGCUGGAUGUCAACAAGAACACAGCUCUUCACCUGGCCUGCAGCAAGGGUCAUGAAAAGUGUGCCUUGUUGAUCCUGGGGGAAACCCAAGACCUUGGCCUUAUCAAUGCAAGUAACAGUGCUCUGCAGAUGCCGCUCCACAUCGCAGCGCGGAACGGGCUGGCCGCUGUUGUCCAGGCCCUGCUCAGCAGAGGUGCCACUGUGCUGGCUGUGGAUGAAGAAGGUCAUACCCCAGCCUUGGCAUGCGCUCCCAACAAGGACGUAGCCGACUGCCUGGCACUUAUCCUCUCCACCAUGAAGCCUUUCCCACCUAAAGACGCCAUCAGCUCUUUCAGCUUCAACCUCCUCAAGAACUGCGGCAUUGCAGCCAAAACCGCGGCCUGCGGGGCCCUGCCCAACGGCAGCACCUGCCCCUACAGCAAGGACCGGCACAAUGCCAUCGGCUUAGACGGCUGUUACUCGGAGUAGCUUAAACUAUGGGUGACCUAAUAUCUUAUUAUAUUUAUUUAGAAAUUCUAUAAAUAUAGGGCACUUUAAAGGAGAACAAGACUGGGCAGGCCUUCUAGCAUGGCCGGGUGGACCAAGAGUUCAGUGCUUCUUCCUCUUCUUGCUGGAGUGCCGGUGUGGUGCCGAAGCUGCUAAUUGGCAUGAUGAGCAGUUGGCAGCGCUGCUCCAUGAGCCCCCACGCUCCCAUCCCUGCGUGGCCUCUGCGCUGCUGCCCCCAGGCUGCUGCUGGCUCCAUGGCCAGAGAGAACCAAAAUGAGAAAAAAAAAUCAAAAAAAAAAAAAAAAGCAGCCGGUUGGGACCAUCCAGUGGCCUGGGAAGGGGAUUUGGCUCCCGGCUUUUGGGGUGAAUCAAAAUCUUCCCAGUCCCCUGCCCUCGGGGGUGGCGGUGUCCCUGUGCCGCUGCCAGCCAGGAGGGGGAAGCCUGAACUCUUGGUGGGGUCUGGGGGGGAUUCGGGAACUGGACGGCCUUGCAGCCGCUGGGGUGGGCGCUAGCUCCUGGCCAAGUGCCACUGUAACUGCUCCUCUCUCUGAGUCACUUUUCUCACGCUCAUCCUUUGAUUCCAAUACAAACACUUGAAUCAAGAUCUACUGUACCUGGGACACUAAAAUAUCCUUUUGGCAGCUGUCAUUUUUAUGCAAAAACGGGUGCUGCUGCCCAACCCCGCGGGCUGCUUGCCACGGAUGCGCUGCUGGAACCUCCCUCCCUCCACCAGGCACUUUAGGGAUUCUGUUGUUUUUUGUUCUUUUUUUUUUUUUUUUCCUUGGCAAAACGAUGGAUCCUAAGAAAUGAUUCGUUUUUGGAUUUUCGUUCUCUGUAUUGGAGUUGGACUGAUGAUCCUUAAGGGUCCCUUCCAACUCAAGAUGUUCUAUUCUAUGAUUCUAUUGCAUGGCUGUUUCCAUGUGAAAGUCAGUGUUGCUUUUUUUUUUUUUUUUUUUAAAAAGAGUUAUUUAUAAAGAAAUGAGCAUUUACCUUUAAAAAUGAACAUUUACCUUUAAAAAAAACAACAAAAAUCACUAAAAAAAAUCUAAAAGUUCUAGUUCCUUUAGUUCCUUUAAAUAAGGAAAAAAAUGCACUUCGAAGUCCUUAUUCACAACCCUAAGUAAGUCUGUGUUUAUUUUUCUAAUGCAGCAUCCUGGCAGGUUUUACUAGCGUGCGUGUAUGUGGGAUCAUUGUUUUUUGUUUUGGGUUUUCUUUUUUAAGUUUAGAAAUCAUAUUUAUAAUGCAGGUUUGAAGCAUUUGAGAAUGUUGCACUGUUUUGGAUUAUUUUUUUUCCAUUUUUUUUUUCCUUCCGAAUUACUGUAACAGUACCACGUGCAAAACCAAUACUCUUUCUCCAUACCACGAGUCCGUUCGAAGCCAAAGACCGGGGUGCAGAGAUCGAGAACGGGCUGACAGGGCAAAAAGCCUCCUCCGGGCAGGAGGGGAGUGGGGAGGAGGCUCGGGGGGAGGCUCCAGCCUCCUCUGUCCGUCUGUCCGGCGCCUCUCUCGGUCGGUCAGCCACCCGGCCCGGGGAUGCGUGAGCCCUGUGCGGCGUGAGGAGAAGCGUUUCAGUCACCGACCCGGCGCCUUGCUCCGUCCGUCUGUCCCCGGUUGUUGUGGCACAGAGGCGGAUCUGGGCAGGGCGUUGGGGCGCGGUUACGUUGGCGGGCCUUGGGGCCGGCGUCGCACUGCGGCUUGCUUGUACCAAAGCCAAACCCUCCGAACCAAAUACGAAGCGCCGGUCUCGGCCUGGGGGUGACGAGCGCGUUUUUGGUUGCUUUUUGUUCUUCGUGGCUCACGGAGGAGCUGCCCCUCGCCCCAGCGUGGUGCCAAGCCCCCCGCCUGGGGCCGGUUCACCGUCAGCACCUCGGGGUGCUGCAGGUGGUGCUGCUCCCGCAGGGGCUUUGCUCCUUCGCCCCCACUCUGCGCCAGGCUCGGUGGCCGACCCCUCCCCGCUCACCCCCGAUCCUCCGGCUUGAAAGAAAGUGUUAACCUUUCUGCACCGAAUACCUCAGUUCGGAACCAGAGCUCACGAAACUUGAAUAAAAAGGUCCUUCUUGGAGACCCUUUUCAGUAUUCUACAGAGGAGAACUGGAAAAAGAGACUUGUUUACAUGGCCGUCGAGCCCGCGCUUGCCUCUUGCAGCUCGUUCCCGUUCCGGAAUGGAUUUUGGCAUCGCUUUGUCUCUCUGGCUUCUUGCUGCCAGCCAUCGCCCUCCCGCCGCGGGCUGGGAAAAUGGGUCCAAAGUCCUGAGCCGUCGUCUUCAAGGGCUAACGCGCUCCCCCGGGCGCACGGCGCGGCCGAGCCGCCCUCCCGUGGCCGAUGGUGCCGGUGGCACCGAGCCGGGCCGAGCACGGCGGCGGCAGAGCUCGGGCUGCCGUGGGCCGGGUGCCGACAUCCCGCUCUGAUCGCAGCUUUUUUCUUGUAGCCAGGGUGAGAGAAUUCCUCAGAGCACACAGAGUUCGCUGCUUUUCCUUCUCCCCUCUCUUCUUUUUUUUCUUUUGAGCGUUAUUGUGGUUUUCUUUUUUUUUUUUUACGAGAAGAAACCCAAUCUUUUUUUUUCUUUUUGCCUUCUUUCCGUGCUACAAGUUACCUUUCACUCAACACGACGACUAAAACUAUGACGAGACAAUCAAUGUGAUCUCCGUAAGGGCUUCUCCAUUUCUUCUCUGCAGCACCAUGCUUUCUGUGCGCGUGUUCUUUGCUCUUGGCGAGGACUUUUUUCUCCCCUCCCCUUGUGUCUUAUUAAUAAUAAUAAUAAUGAGGAGGAGGAGGAGGGAGUAAAAUGAGGUUUCAGCAGCGCAUCCAGGGUCUGGGAACACACAGGAGGGACAUGGGGGGCGGGGGGAAGCGCGGCCAGUUUCCUUGCAGGUACCAGUCUUGUUCUCCUUUAACGCUGUAUUGUAUACAUUUGACAGCACAGCUUGACAAUUUAAGUAAUAAUCAAAGUGUUUGGUAAUAAUGCAUUAUUUUGCUAAAUGAGAUUUGUGAUGGUUUCCCUAGUGCAUUGUAAAGAGGGAUGGAGGGAAACUUCCGCUGCCCUGCCCGCCUCCCUCCCCAGCCUCGGCACUUGGUGCCCCCAUGCCCGGCGUGGCAGCGGGGGCUUCCCCAGCCCCCCCACGGACCUUUAUGCCAAAGUUGGACCAUUCCCGCUUCGCGUUCUGUUCGGCGCCCGGCAUCCGUUUGGUGUAGCUCUCACCAAGCAGCGACUUUUUCGGCUCCCCCCCCCCUAAAGCUGUUCAUCUUGGUUUGGAAUAAGCAGGCCCCGGACCACCCGUCCCUCUGCUCCCCCUCCAGAAGGAAGUUUCUCUCCGCCCCCUUGGUCCAAAGCACUUGCUUCAAGUAAUAAGCACUUUUGUUAAAGCAUGAGUCUGGAUUCCCUUUAGCAUCCCACGGGAUAGAGAGCAGCAAGAGCGGAAGGGAUAAGAGAGUGUCUUUGGUUUUAUCUUUUAAUUUUUAAUUAAAAAAAAAAAGUUUGUUUCUAGGGAAUGAAUGAACAAAGGGAAGUUGUGUUUUGAGAGAGAAAAAAAAACAAAAAACAGCACAAAUACAUUUCAACUCAAAAGGUGUAUUUGCACUGCCAUUGCUAGACAAAUGGGCUGCGAGAGCUGCGGUCCGACUGAGCCAUAUAAACUGCUGACAAACACUGAAUGUAACCUCCUUGACGAGGGCAGUCCAGGGAAGCUACAAUUGGCUUUAUUCUUUGACGGGCACUUCAAUGAGUUCAAAAAGAACCUAACGAUGAUGAGGAGAAGGUUGGUGUUUUUGUUGUUGUUGCUGUUCCUGAGCUGCAGGCGAGUUGAAUUUAUUUUCUUUAGGAAGAUGUAACAGCCCUGUCCCUCCUGCCCCAACCCAGUCCCCAACGAAGUCAGAGCCCUUGACCAAAAGCGAGAUGCAGAUGCGCAGUCCCUGGCCCUGCCACCCACAUCCCAGGGCUGGAAUCUGGCAGAUCUGAAAGUAGCACUAAAAACAAAGCUAAAUCUCCUAAAAGAAAAAAAAAAAAGG